CUGCUUUCUUAAUAGCUAUCAUAAUAUAGUCCGUAUUGUAUUAUUAUUAUAAUUGUAUAACGCCGAGUUAACUAUGUAUAUGCAUGGGUCGCUUGCACGAUUAAUGUCGAUAUCGACAUAUCGUACGUGCCCAUAUACUAACAUUUUUCACCAUUUAAGGCCUUGCAUUGCAUCCAAGCAAGCAAUAACAUGCGUAGAGUACUCUCCAGCAGCGCUGUACUGUACGUCGACGGAAGCUGGUAUGUCGUCCUUCCUUCCGGCGGCUUUUGUCCUGAUCCUCCUCCUGAGCCCCGCCGGCUCCAGCCCUCCGUCGGACUCGGUAUCCUGCGCGCGGGGCACGUCCGACUGCAUCCUCGCCAACGUCUACGGCUCCUUCCCGGACCACACCGCCUGCCAUGCGGCCGACGCCGCGUUCCCAACCACCGAGGCGGAGCUGCUGGCCGCCGUGGCGGCCGCCGCGGCGGCCAAGCGCAAGGUGAAGGCGGCCCCCAGGCACUCCCACAGCUUCCCCAAGCUGGCCUGCCCGGGCGGCCGCGACGGCACCAUCAUCAGCACGGCGCGGCUCAACAGGACGGUCAGCGUCGACGCCGCCAGGGGGCUGAUGACCGUGGAGGGCGGCAUGGUGCUCCGGGACCUCAUCCGCGACGCCGCAGCCGCGGGGCUCGCGCUGCCGCACUCGCCCUACUGGUACGGCGUCACCAUCGGGGGCCUGCUGGCCACGGGCGCGCACGGCAGCUCGCUGUGGGGGAAGGGCAGCGCCGUGCACGAGUAUGUGGUCGGGAUGAGGAUCGUCACGCCGGCGCCGGCCAGCCAGGGGUUCGCCGUGGUCAGGGUCCUCGGCGCCCAACACCCGGACCUGGACGCGGCCAAGGUCUCCCUCGGCGUCCUCGGCGUCGUCUCCCAGGUUACUCUAGAGUUGCAGCCGAUGUUCAAGCGGUCCGUGACGUUCCUGGAGCGCGACGACUCCGACUUGGCGGCUGAGGUGGCCGUGUGGGGCCAUCAGCACGAGUUCGGCGACAUGACAUGGCUGCCACGACUGGGCAAGGUGAUCUACCGCGAGGACGACCGCGUCCACGUCUCGUCGCCCGGCGACGGCCUCAACGACUACAUUGGCUUCCGCUCCUUCCCGACGAUCGGCCUCUUCAUCGCAAGAGUCGCGGAGGAGCACCUGCAGGAGGACAGCACCGGCAACGACAUGGCACGCUGCCUGGCCGCCGGGGUGCUGCCGCCGGCGUUCCAGUCGCGGGCGUACGGCUUCACCAACGACGGCUCCUCAUUCACGGGAUACCCGGUGGUCGGGUACCAGCACCGCAUGCAGGCGUCCGGCGGGUGCGUCGACGGCAAGGAGAGGAAUAAUAAUAACCUGCUGCUCCUCUCCUCCUCCUGCCCGUGGGACCCGCGCGUCCGGAGCCUCUUCUUCUACAACUCCGGCUUCAGCGUCGCCCUCUCCAAAGCUCCGGCGCUGGUCGCCGACAUGCAGCGCCUCCGCGACCUCAACCCGCGAGCCAUGUGCAGCCUCGACGCCAAGAUGGGCGUGCUCAUCCGCUACGUCGGGGCCUCCUCCGCCUACCUCGGCAAGACGGAGGACUCGGUCGAAUUCGACUUCACCUACUACCGGAGCCACGUCCAUGGCAGGCCGCGAGCGCACUCCGACGUCAUCGACGAGCUGGAGCAGAUGGCUCUGCGCAAGUACGGCGCCGUCCCGCACUGGGGCAAGAACCGCAACUUCGCCUUCCAUGGCGCCGCCGGCAAGCAUGCCAAGGCCAGUGAGUUCCUCAGGGUGAAGGAGAGGUACGACCCGGACGGGAUCUUCUCUAGUGAGUGGAGCGAUCAGGUGCUCGGCGUCGAUGGGAGCCCCAACAUCGCCCACAAGGGUUGCGCCAUUGACGGGCUCUGCAUCUGCUCUCACGACUCGCAUUGCGCGCCGGAACAAGGAUAUUUCUGCAGGCCCGGAAAGGUGUACACGGAGGCGAGGGUUUGCUCGUCGUUCGUCCAACCCACCCCACAUCGCGACCACCGCCAUGAUUUAUGAAUCUACUCGGGUCAAGAAGCAGCGUUGCAAUCUGAUGUACAAUUACUUCACUUUUUUUCCAUAUAAUUAUCUCUUGGAAUAUGAUAACGCCCGAACGAGUUCGGGGUUUCACCAUGGCAAUUCGGAGGUUUUCGAUGACAAGCUUAGUGACACGAGGAUGGCAACUUCAUGCUUCAGUUUAUUUUUUGACAGCAAAUGGUCGUGAGUGUCAACUAUCUUGCCAUCCUUGUGUCACUGCUUGAAUUCACAUCGAAAAC